UAUGCCAGGGUACCUUGGAGAUUUUUGUGACAAUGGUGAGCACGACGUGUGGGGCUACGAUGCGUUCGUUAGGUGUCUAAUUAUAUCAUCUGUAAUAAAUCAGCUAGAUGAAGAGGAAAUUUGAUGUAUUUUGAGUGUUUAAGAUUUAGCUUAAUUCAUCCACUUACACUCAUUUUCUCUUCAGGUAAUACGAACAUUUGGAAACGCCAAUCCCCAUCCAGAUAUGCUCAAUAAAAUAAAUGAAGAAUUACUAUACCGUUCGAUAAAAGAAAUUUUAAAGGAAGAAUUAAUUUCACUUUUUAUAGAUGAACUAUAAUCAAGCACAAUUAUCACGUUUCAUAGAGGAACUUAAAUGAAGCACUAAUAUCAGGUUUUAUAGAAGAACUUAAAUAGAGCACUAAUAUCACGUUUCAUAGAGGAACUUAAAUGAAGCACUAAUAUCACGUUUCAUAGAGGAACUUAAAUUGUGCCCACCUUAACAGUUGGCCAGUUAAUGAAUUUAUUUUUAAAUCUCAUUAAGCUAACUAGUCAUUAUAUUUUCGUUCCCUGUGAUCCAUAUGGAACCUAAUGAAACUAUAGGUAGAUUCCUCUAAUUUUUUUUAUUUAAAUCAACAUAUGUUGUUAUUUUCAUUUAACUGACUCCAAAAGUUCCAUGCAAUACUUCCGAAUACCUGCCCAUUCUAUCUUACCAUACUUUGAGUAACUUUGAAUGACACUAUACUUUCAUUGCUAUGAUAGCAUUUCUUUCUUCCUCUAUGAAUCAGACUUUUUUUUGUGUAUCUUAUCAUUGUUUCUAAUACACCCCUGCAAUAAUUCCCUGGACACGAACUAAGCCACAAUUAACUUCUAUUGAGAAAUAAAAGUUUCUUUUUUUUUGUUUUUUUGUUUGCGUGUGUGCUUUUGUGUGUGUAUGUGUGUGUGGGGGGGGGUAAUAAUAAUAAUUUAGCUAUUAGAAUACGUCUUUACCUCAUUUGUUAUGGACUUGUUGCUGUUAGUUUUAUGAUAGUAAUUAUUUUUACAACACAUGUUUUGCUAGUCUAUGCAAAGUGCUAUUUCAUCAAUACAUUUGGUAUCCUUUAGAAUGUAAACCAGGAACGUGGGGUGAGGAUUGCAAAUCUUCCUGCGGUGCGAAUUGUAUUGAAACAUCUUGCAACCGGCACACUGGAUUCUGUGAUCAAGGUUUGAAUGAUUUACAACAUUUUCUAACACUGCAAUCUAUUAAGCAAAGACUUCGAAUUUUUUAAAAAUUAUUUUAACAAUUAUUCAAUUUAAAUUGGUAUAAAUUUAAGAGUUUAGUUCACUUACAUUCUAAAUAUCAGGCAUAUAUCCAUGUAGGGCCAUAAUCGUUGCGUUGUUGAGCAUUUCACAUACCUGGGAUCCAAUAUUGCUAGUGCUCUCUCCGUUGAUGAAGAGAUAAAUAUGAGGAUCGCAAAAGCAGCAGCAACUAUGGCUAAACUGCAUAAGCGGGUGGGGAAUAAUAUCAAUCUAACUGAUUAAAAAAAAAGUGUCUAUCGCGCAUGUGUGCCUAGUGCGCUCCUACAUGGCAUCAUUUUGUGGAGCACAUAAUAUACCAGUCAGGAGCGGAACAUCAAAGAUGUCUGCGUCUGAUUUUACGAAUGCGAUGGCUGUAAAAGGUUCCUUGGAACUUGCUCAAAUGUGUUGCAUAUUCUCCGCUUUUAGCAAGCGGCUUCUUCGCUGGUUAGGUCAUGUAAGCAGAAUGGAGGAAGGCCGUAUCCCAAAGAUGCUGCUGAAUGGAGAGUUGGCAGAAGGGACACGACUUAUCGGACGGCCACGCCUCAGAUUUAUGGACGUUUGCAAAAGGGGCAUGAGGGAAGCCAAUAUUGAAAACAACGAAAGGUAGCUCAUUACGGAAUACACGUUCCAGCUGGCGAACAGCAGUGCAUAAAGGAAAAAAAAAAGGGGGAAAGAAGAUAGGCGAAACGAGGCCGUUGCAACAAAAAGCACCAUACGGAAGUCAAAAUCUUACCAGGAAUCAAUAUUCUCCUGCCAGAAAUGCAGUCGAGAUUGUCAUUCUAGGAUUGGCCAAGUGAGCCACUCGUCGAAGUGUAGGACUACAUAGCUACUCCAUCGUCUCUCGAAGACGAAAGGAUGACAUAUAUAUAUAUAUUCUAAAUGACUGUUUCAAAAUUGAUUUCAAAAGCCUGUGUAAUCGCCAUUUGUUUUGUUUCAUAUUAAUUUCUCAUUUCAAUUCGUUUUGCCAUUUUCAAGAAAAAGUUUCACGUGUUUAAAAAUGACACCAAUAAAGAUUAAACAGAUAUUAUCGUCAUGCACAUUAUGUAUAUAUUCUGUAUCUUUCAGCCUUUUCCCACCGGUCUAAAUCUAUCAAUUUGUUAAUUUACAAACAAAUCAUACGAUUUUAGGCUCUUAGAUAAGAGCGGUAUUUAAAAAAAAAAAUCAUUUACAAAGUUUAUAUAUAUGUAUAUAUAUAUAUAUAUAUAUAUAUAGUCACGAUUUAUAUUGAUGAAAAAUCAAAAGAAAUGUGCACAGUUCCAACUUUUACCACGUUUCAAGAACAAUGUCACCCAUUUUGGCUAUGGUAAAAAGAUUAUCAUUAGGAAUGAACGACAUCAAAGUUUUUAUUUUAAAAUGCAAAUACUCAUUAAAUUAUCAAGUUAAAUUUACCACUAAAAUAAUGCAUAACUUGUGGAGACUGGUCGUUGUUAAUAAGUGUCUUAAUAAGUGUUAGUCAUCUUCGGUGCACACAGAAUGACUCUAACGUCAUGAAUGAUAACAUGAAGCAAAUACGCACUUAGCUCCCAGGCUAUAGUUUGAAGAUAUUCUUUAGGAACGAGCACCUGCAACAUUGUAAUAAUUUAUGCCAAAACUCAUUAAAUUAUCAAAUUUAAAGUUACAUUAAAACAAUCCAUAACAUACUGGAGACUGGUCCUCUUAAGGUUAGUCAGUAAGAGUCUUGUCAUGUGAACACAUCAUGAAUGAUAAAAUUAAGCAAGUACUCGCUGUUAGCUGUCAGCUCUUAAACAUAAACUAAAACAAAGUUACUCAACCAUCUUCUUUAAUACAAAUUUGCUCUUUUAAAAUUGUUUUACCAAGCACCACCGUAUGCGACAGAUUAGCUUUACAAUUACUUUUGUUAAGAAUACACAUUCGAUGGCCUUAUUUUUAUUAUUUUUUGUUUUUGGUAAAAUAAAAUAGCGUGUUAAAAAUGCCGUCCAAAAUAUGUUAUUAUUAGAGCCUCUUUAUUGCUUCGUACCUUGCCGUGUCCACAAAUAAAGAGAGUCAAGAUGCUAUGUCUUUGUUCAUAGGCUGUGUUAAAGGCUUCCACGGCAACACCUGCUCCUUGCCCUGUCCGGAGAAAUGCGAAAACCGGGAAUGCGAUCGUGUCGAUAGAUCUUGUUUAAAGUGCCUCCCUGGAUACAGUGGCCCCCUGUGCGACCAAGGUAGGCACGGAAAAAAAAAAAAACUUUAUUAAAUGUCUGAAAGGUAAGACAAAAAAUACUCAUGGAAACAAUUUAAAAAAAAAAAAUAAUGAAAAACAAAGAUUAAAUUUGGAAAUGUAAGAUAUUUUUUUAAUUAUUCAAUUGUUUGAACUGGUUACAAACUAAUCAUAGUUUUUAUUUUAAAUAAUAAGGCGUCGCCCAUAAAGGACGCCCACGGAGACGGGGGUGAUGGGAUCGGGGGUUCGUGCGAAAACGGACAAAUGCGGACAAGGGAGGGGUGAAGGAGGGUAUAGGUUCUUGCGAACGUCCGCCAACCUUUUGUUUUAUUGUAAUAAUUAAGUGUCACCAAGUGUCCAGCUGAUUUAUUUACAAAACUUUUCAAAUAUAUUAUUAUUAGCAAGAAUUUAGUAACGGCUUCGUCAAGACACUAUGUGACCGAAACAUAUUUAAUAGCUAUCUCUCGUCACACUUGAAAAAUGAGAGUAGUUUUUAUUCAGACCCCCCCCCCCUCUCCCCUUUUUCGAGCCCAUUACUGCAUCCGUCCUUUUUGGACAUUGCCCCCCCCCCCCCCCCAUGCUUAAGUGUAAUGAAAUUUCUGCUUAAGCCCUCACCAAAAUCGUGUUAUAAAUCAUUAUGACGUACACUAAUGAAAUCAAUUAAGGUCAGACGAUCGCAUUCCGGUGUUACCUAACUUAUUUCGAGGCCCCACCCUUACAAGAACGGCAUUUUGUUGAUCAUAGGAGGACAUAUUCAAUUUUAAAGGACUCUUGGCAUAGGGAAAAAAGAGGGUCAAGAAGCAGUCCGUCCUGAGCAGCACGUCUUUGUCUAUAGUCAGAAGCGUCAAUUUCUCGACCAACUUCAGCGUCUUUCGUUACCGUGAGCGGCUAAUCCAUUGUCCCAACCUGGUGGGGGGCAACUGUCUGUAGCACCGCUGAAGCUACGGGAUAUAAGACAUGUAUUUGUUUCAAAAUGGGGGGGGGGGGGGGGGGUGUAUUAUUAAGACUUAAGUUUUUAAAGUCAACAUCUUUAUUUUGAUUCGUAUAGUGCAAUGCAAAUAUAGUUCGAUUAUUUGUGCCAGUUUUAUCCUACAAUUAUGAAUCUUAAGUCAUAAAAUGGCUGCAAAAUAAUUGAAAUUCAAUCUUUUAUGAUGGAGCAUUAAGAACACUUCCCCCCCCCCCAUUUCUUGGUUUGGCAUCCAUUAAAAUGUGUUAGGUGAUCAGUUAGGUUCGUUGGGUAAAAGAAAGCUUAGAACGCUUGGUGACAUACGCAUUAUGGGCCCGUCCUACCUUGUGUUCAGCUCGUUCAUCGGUUUGAUUCAGCCCCCACGAAAUUAUUAUGACAAAAAUUACCUCACAGGCACAGGCACAGAAUCACGAACGAAAAGCAAUGACUCUCGUCUUAUCUAACAAGCGCAAACACAAGGAAACACUAUGACGAUAGAUACACAAAUGUCGAUGACUUCUUAGGACUUAUACAAGGCAAAAAAAAAAACAUGUUUGGAUUUCAGAGAUUUUUAAGAGACAGUUGACUUUAUUAGAGAUUAGUAGAGAGCUGUUUACUUUUAGAUACUUAUUAAAUGUGCACGCUUUCUGCAGACUUCCCCUACGUACGAUCCAGUUCGCAUAAUCUCCCAAAAUCAGCAAAAACCCCUUUCCCCCCCCCCCCCCGCAGUUACGAACGUAAUCAAUGGAUUUUAAAUUAAUGGUUCCUUGCUCUUGAUAAUCGCUAAUAGACUGCCAGGCAUUCUCCCUGUAACUUUCCGGAUACGUAUGCGCAUGUCCGCAUCCUCCGGGAAAAGAGUGGGGGGGGGGCAGGGGAUGACCCAAGUGCGCACAAGUCGGACAAACGCAUACAAGGGGGCCCAUGAGGAGGGGGAGGGGGGAAUGCAUAUUUUGUGCGAACGUCCUCUCAUUGAACACCAACUAAUACUUUGUUGUUUUUUUUUCAAGUUAUUACCCAGGUACAGGGAGUUUCAGAGCGAGAUAAAAUUAUUAUUUUCUCCAUGGGAGUCGGAGUUGGCUUGAUCAGCUUUAUGCUACUCCUGUGUGUCAUCUGCAUGUGCAGAGCGAUAAUGAGGAAAAGGCCCGUGUCUGAAACAAAUCGUUGCUAAAAAAAAAAAAAGGAAAGAGAAAAUAAAAUAAGCUAAAUGCAUCCUGCUGGCACUGUCG